GUAGUAUAAGUCCCGCCAAAAGUGAACAACCCCUCAACUCUCCUUUUUUGCCCCUCUGCGCCAACCCUCAUCCCAACCCUAGAUCGUCCGAAAACGACCAUAUCAGCAGCAGGAUCGACCGCAACGGUGAUAAGGGCUGUAAUCUAAAACUUACAUACACUGAGAACACAAACAAAGUGUAAAAGGUUUAUGCGAUAUAGGUUGUCACUUAUGUUUGGAUCUGGACAUUGAGCAUGUUGUGAGGGGAAUUAGAUGGAUUCUAGUUAUUUCUUGGUUUAGUAUCUUCAUGUACAGGCAAACUCAGUAUGAUUGUUUAUAAUUAGAAGCCCGUUGAAGAGAUGGAAGGGGCAAUGGAGAUGGAGACAGAGCAACCAGAUUCAGUUUGCGGAGGAGCAGAAGCAGUAUUAAGCCUCCAACCUACUUCAUCAGUCUCCAUUGCAUAUCAUUCUCUCUUUGGUCCUCAUGAUGAUCUGAUUCUCCUUGAGCUGGAUGAGAAGCUUCUCCCAGAUGUCCUCGACCAUAGGGUAACCAUAAGGGGACAGCCUGAUGAAGAUGCAGUUCUUUGUACUCAAUCAAGAACUUAUGCCGUGAAGUUUGUUGGAACCUCCAACUCUGUAUUGCUGAUACCCCCUUCAGAUCAAUCAGCAUUGUGUGGAAAUAAACAAGAUUGCGAUGAGAAAGAUUGUGACAAGAAAGUGGUUGCACCGGUCAUCAAAGUGGCACCUGGUGUCAUGGAACUUGUUGAGGUUGCUCCAAGACUUGACAGACUUAGAAUGCUUCUCUCUGAGAAUCCGUACAGAUUUGAUGAGGUGUUAAUGGAAAACAAUAAUAGAAGUUUGUAUAGAUGGGAUGAUCUUAUUGAAAAGGUACAAGCUAGCGAUGAUGAACUGAUAACUGGACUACAAGCUCUCUCGGCAGUUGAAAUUGACGAACAUUGGAGAAUUGUGGAUGAGAACUAUAUGGAUGGGAUUCUAAACAUGCUUUUGCACAAUUCAGUAUUGAAUGAUUGGUCGUUGAACGGUCUUAAUGAAAGUGAAGUCAUUGGUGUGCUUCAAUCAGAUGGGUUUUCUCAUAAAAUAGCACACCAUUGUUUGCGAAUUUUUGGUUCUAAAGUGGAGGAGGGUGUUUGGAGGUUGGAUGAGAAGCGGGUUUGUGUGCAUUUUGCUAGAGGGAUCUUGAGAGGAGGCAAGAUGAGGUUAGAUAAUUUCAUGGGGGACUGGAUGAGGAAGAUUCCGGAGGGAAUGCAGGCAAGUUUUGACAUGUUGGAAGGGGAAGUUCUGACAGAGAAGCUCGGAAUUGAGACCUGGGUCUAUGCCUUCAGUGUUUCGUCUCUGCCCUACACCCCGGCUGAGCGGUUCUCAAUGCUCUUUCGAGAGCGGCCAAAAUGGGAGUCGAAGGAUCUGCAGCCUUACAUCAGGGAUCUAAGUGUACCGGGUUUAUCUUCUGAGGGUUUACUACUCAAAUACACACGAAGAACACAGCCAACUGCGGAUGCAGAACCUGUUUUCAGCGCAAGAUAGUCUUGACCAUAUAUCCUUUUUGAACUAAUUAAAUGGUCCAAGAAAGGAUGAAAAUAGAUUUUGAAAUGGUCUCUGUGAACUCUUGUUGUUAAUUAGAUUGGUUAGCUAGGCUGUUUGAUAUCUUUUGAAGAGCAUCAAGUUUUUUU